CGUCUUCUUUGCAUGCAUACCCAAGCCACCAUGUAUAGACUGGGCAAAUUUUCUUUUUCUUUUGAUGCUUGAUUGUAUGUGUAUAUGAUACCUUGGAUCUGGGGUCGAGCCGACAGGUGGCUCGCUGAUCUUUUCUUGUUCUAUUCUCAUGAUGUAUCUACCACCAUUAUUUAUGAACAAUUCUUUUUUUUUGAUUUUCUGACAGUAGUAUCUCCGAAUUUGUCAGAUUGUCAGACUGUCGAAAGUCGCCGCGAGCGAUGGACAAAAUCUCCCAAUGCGCGUGUCAUGUGAGCCAAGGUGUGUGGUGUGUUCCUUUGUCCGUUGCCCGAGACCAGGAGACCAGUUUUGGGAAUAUGAAUCUCUGCUUGGCCUCGUCAGUGUCCGUCGCCAUGAAACAAAGGAAUUCCGUCCCAUGCGCAUCGGACCUCGUGUUCUGGUGCUGACAACGCCCCAGCAGCCGUUCCCCACAGCACAGUACAGUACUUAUUGCUACCACAGCCCCGGGAGGAUUCUCACAUGCAUGAGAGGGUUGCGCCGUGUGUUAUAUCUCCUGUCUUCACACUGCAUUAACUUCUGCGUGUUACUGUUUCUGCCAAGUGAAGUGAUUACUUGGCCGCGACAGUAUCCAAGCCUGUCUAAGGGCUGGAUACUAGCUACAAACCUGAUUGCAUCCCACCUAGACUGUUCACACAACCCAUCCGAUAUCACCAAGCCCACCCCAACAACAAACAGCCCACCUUAACUGUUAACAUCUUCUCCACGAACCCUUAACCAAGGACCUCUCACCUAAACCAUCACAAGUAAGUCUUCCGCCUCCCCUUCCCCUUCCACCCCCUCCUCACUCAACACCCCCCUUCAACAACCCAACCCAACCCAACCCUA